AUGCGCGGGUCCGAGAGGACGAGAAGAACCACGUACGGUACUCUCGCGAAGAUUAAAGUGAAGGGCGGGAUGCGCGGGGCGGCAGAGAUCUGCAGCACUGUAAACAUGGCAGCCGCAGAACAUGUCGACAACGAGGGAGAGACAGAAGACGGUACAGCUUCGGCAGAAGACGACGGUCACCCGUGGUCAUACCUGGCAACAAUGUUCAGCUACCUCGGGAUGGGGGUAAAUCCCAAAACCUACCGAAUGAAGUGCAUGUUGUGCCUUCCAAAGUGCCACGAGAUAAAGGCGUUUAACAACUCUCCAUCCAACCUUAAGAAACACAUUGAGAGAGCACAUCCACACCAUCUAAAAAAAUAUGAGCAGCUGACUUCACAGAAAAGAAAGAGGGCUUCGGAAGCUGGGACCUCCACCAUCAAACAGACCACCUUGCUGGAUACCCGAUCCAUAUCUCAGAGUGCAGUUGACAGGGCCAUUGUUCAGUAUGUUGUCAACGGGCUCAAGCCAUUGUCAACUGUUGAAAAUGAAGCCUUCAGAGAGCUUCUCACAGAUCUCCUUCCUACUGCCAAAGUCAUCACACGGGUCACCCUGAGAUCAAGGAUUGAAGAUUUAGCAAAGACUAUGAAAAACGUCUUAACUGAGGAGAUGAGUAAAGUGGAUCACAUCGCCACCACUACAGACUGCUGGUCACUUAGGAGAAGGAGCUUCCUUGGUGUGACUGCCCAUUGGGUGAACCCUACAGACCUAACUAGACGAUCAGCAGUCCUAGCUUGCAGACAGCUAAGAGGUUCCCACACCUUUGAUGUUUUGGCCACCGCACUCAAUGACAUCCAUUCUGAAUAUGGCAUCAGGAACAAAGUUGUGAGGACAACAACCGUUAAUGGCUCCAACUUCCUGAAGGCUUUUCAAAUUUUUAGUGUGGACAAAAACAAUAAUGAAGCAGAAGAGGAAGAGAAAGAGAAUGAGGAAGGGAAUGAGAUGGAGGAGGGAGUGGAAUUUGUUGAUGUGACUUCGGUCCUAGAUGAAAAUGAUGGCUUUGAGCUGUGGAAGAUGCCUGCUCCCUCCAGCUGCUACGACCAAACGCCACCAGGUGGAACUCCAUGUUUAUGGCUGUGGAAAGGCUCCUCAAGAUUCUGA